CUCAAAGAUCCUUUCAGUUACUCAAAAUGCUUCAGGUUCUUUUCAAAAGCCAACUUCUAGUAUUAAAAAGUUUAAGAUAUUCUCACUUCAACUUCUUAUACAAAGAAGUUCACCAAGUCAAUAG